AUGGCCGGGGUGCUCGACUAUGCGUUCCAUGAUGGCUCCACUGGCAUACUUGGCAUGCUUGAUCGAAACACAAGCAACGGGGACGAUACGUCAGUUGAGUCAGAUCAGGAAGCACAGUGCUAUCGCCUGGUGCAUCAAAAGGACCAUGCACCCCACAGGGCACAAAAUUACACUUCCUGCUCACCUCAGCUGGUAUACUUCGACACCAACAGAAAAGCGCUCUGGCUUAAGGGAUGGAUCACAAACACCAAGUCCGCAGGAGUCGACGAUCUAGAUAUCAGCACAUUCGAGGCAUUUUUGGAGGAGCCACGAAGUGGUGACCCCAAAGAUAAAGAAAAGAUAUGGCAGUUGAGAAACGGUAAUGUCUGCGGCUUGACGGCAGAUAGCUACGCACCGAUUACGGCGGAAGAAACGCAGGUCUUGGGGAGGAUCAUCGGUUUUGCCCAAGAGUAUGAUUGGGAGCCAUAA